UUGAACCGAGCUAUGAGUAUUAAACAAGGCCGAUCAUACGGGAAAGCUCAUAUUGUUAGGCAAGGAAAUAUUGGUAUGCAUCUAAUAAAUAACAUCUUUACCCCAGGGGAGCCCAUUAGGGUAUCUUCAAGUUAUUCAUAUAAGGCCAACAUAACGGUGACCCUCAUGAUUAAUAACAAAAGUGAUCGAAUUAAAUCCAUAAGCAUGAGAAGAGGGUUAAUCCCUACAUACUUUCGGUACAUUAUGGACCGAGUAUGGAAAAUUGCUAGAAUG